AGGAGACUCUCCAUGGGGAUUCAGGUGCAAGUACUUGAGAUAAUAAGGGGUGGGGGGGAGGAGAGAAGUGACUUCCUUACAACUGAAGAGCUGUGGAGUCUGAGGGAGCAAAGGUGGUAUCUAUGGAGCAAAAGAAACGCAGAAGGAAGAAAUGCCAAAGUGGGAAGCCUAUGGCAGUAGACUCAUGUAAAUUGGUGAACUCAGAAAAAAGUUCUGCUGACAUGGUGCAGUUAGCUCACAAGUACAUGCAGAAGUGCAGAGUAGAGUCCAGCACUGAUUCUGAAUCUGAUGCCAACACAGAGGUUCUGUUGAAUAGUUCCUUUCCAGGAGGAGUACUUAAGAAAACAACUUACAAAAAACUUCAAUUCCUGGAUCCUUAUGAGGGUGAUUAUGAAGAAACAUCUGGUACCUCUGACUGUAGUGUGGCUUCACUUGCUGAUGCAUGUCCCGGGAAGGGGAUCUCUCCAAAGCAUCCUGUCCCUGAGGGUCUGACUGUGGAAGAAAAUUUUCCUCCAGAGUCUCUCUCUACAUCACCAUACUGGGGAGUCUCUGCAACUCAUAAGACAACAAAGCCGAGAGACAACUUAAUGUUCAUGGAAAUCGCCACGGAAGAUGACGGGAAGGGUUUGUCUUCAAGACUUUCCCGGGAAGCUGAAUCAUGCACAACUGAAUCUUUCUGUUUCACACAGCACAAUCCUUCUGUAUGUAGCCAGUUCUCUGGAAACAAAGCUCCAACUUCUGUACUGUGGUCCACCGUGAGAUUGAGUGAUGAAAGAGCCCAUGAAGAUCCAAUCAAACGAAAGCAAGGGCAGCCCAUGGUAGAGUGUGCUGGGAAGAAACUUCGAGCAACUUGAUGUACCAGUGGAGGAAGAGGAGGCUGUUGGCGAACUGUUGUGAUCUGUUGGAAGUGGGCUAUGCUGCAAAUUCUUCAUGCUUACGUUGGUUGAAUAUUAAAAGCUAUUUUGUGUUGCA